CAGACCACUACAGAGAGGAACGAAUUAACAGCAACACCGCAAGAAGAAGCCAGUGGAGAAGAACCUUCAGAUAAAAACGCACUCCCUAAAGUAGAAGCGAGUUUAGAUGAAACUACCGCUGUUUCUGCUGAGAAUGCAGCAACAGCAACAAGUUCCGGUGUUGAUAAAACGUCUCCAACAUCAUUACCCGAGAGCUCCACUUCAACCGUCGCCAUUCCGCCUGUGAUUGUGGCAGGUGGUGAACAGACCACUACAGAGAGGAACGAAUCAACAGCAACACCGCAAGAAGAAGCCAGUGGAGAAGAACCUUCCGAUAAAAACGCACUCCCUAAAACCACUACGGAGAGGAGCGACUUAACAGCAACACCGCAAGAAGAAGCCAGUGGGGAAGCGGGCCUUGAAAAUAACGCUUCUCCUAAGGAACAAGCAGGCCUAGAUGAGACAACUACUGUUUCUGCUGAGAGUAUGCCAGCAGCAACAGCAACAGGUGCUCCAAGCGCUGGUAUUUCUGAAACGUCUUCAACAUUAUUACCCGAAGCAUCUACCCCAACCGUCGCCUUUCCACCUGUGAUUGCAGUAGGUGGUGUACAAGCUACUACGGAAAGGAGCGAGUCAACAGCAACACCACCUGAGGAAGGCAGUGGAGAACAACCUCUUGAUAAAAAUGCACUUCCUGAAGUGCAGCCGAGUCUAGAUCAAGCUGCUGGAACUUCUGCCGAAAGCGCAUCAGAAACAACAACAGCCAAAGCUUCAGCAGAGGUGUCUGUAACAACUCCUAGCACUGAGGAGAUUGCCACAACUACUUCUCCUACUGAAGCAAGCGCUGGAACAGAAAUUACUAGAACACAGACCACAACAGGAGAAAGCGAGCUAAAAACAGUAUCACCAGAGGAGGCUAGCGGUGAAGAAUUGACUACGAAAAACAUAUUGCCUGAGGUGCAAGCAAAUCAAGACGGAUCUAAUACUGUUUUUGCUAAGGGUUCAACAACGGCUUCCUCAGACGAGAGUGCAACAACUCCUAGCACGGGAGAGACAGUUACAAACAUCUCCCCUCCUGUAGGUGGAAUUGUAACUGGAACGAGUACAGAACAAACUUCAACAGGUAGCACUGGAUCACCGUUAUCCGAGGAGAACAGUGGAGAAGAACCCCUCGACAAAAGUGCGCUCCCUAAGGUGCAAGCGAGCUUGGACGAAACUACAACUCUUCCUGCGGAGAGUACACCAGAAGCGGCAACAGCAGCAGCUAGUUCAAGCACUGGCUCUUCUGAAACACCUUUACCCGAAGGUUCUGUCUCAACCGUCGUAAUUCCACCUAUAAUUGUAGUAGGAGGCGAACAGACCACUACAGAAAAGAGUGAACUAACAACAACAUCACAUGAGGAAGCUGCAGAGCGAAUAACAGAAACCUCAACAGCGAUGACUCCAGAGGGUCUAUCUGAAACAUCUCCUCCUCCUGAGGCUACCGUAACUACCUCUUCCAUUGUAGUGAGCGCUGUAACAGAAGUGACGAAGGAACAGACCACAAUAGGAACCAGCGGAGCAACA